AAAGAAGAGAUUGGCUAUGUCUGCAGACGGACCUUCAGCGAAUUUCAUUCUUACCUUUGAAUAUUUGGGGUUGAUGACAUGGUCCACUGGCAGAUCAGUAACACAGCGAUUCUCACUCUGCUUGCUGUAACCCCUUUACCAGUGGGCUCUGAUUGCUUUGAGGUCUUUGGCUUUGACAUCUUGAUCGAUGACAAAUUCAAGCCAUGGCUUCUAGAAGUCAACUACAGUCCAGAAUUUUUAGACUGUUUCACUGAUGACACUGUGGAAAUAAAACUUCCUCAUGAUAUUGUUGUACUGCUGAACUACAAACAGACGGACAUUUUGAGGCAAAAUCAAUUUUGAGGCAAGCCUGGGAUAAAGGGUGGCAGAAGGUGGAUACUCUGGAGCACAGCUAGUGAGAGUACCAUCGAGGAGACUCCUGGUUUCCUUGCUUGCAAAACAGUGGCUAAAUGUACUGCUGCUUCUUCUGCACAGCCUGCCCUGCAGGCUGCCAGAGGAUCAAUUCAAAUGCUGGCUACCCUGACAGAGAAAACUGCCAGAGCACAUCGGAAAAUGCUGACUUCUCAGCUGCAGGAAAGGGUGAACAGGCCAAAGAUACCCUCCCAAGCAAAAGUUGAAACUAAAAAUAACCAGUUCCCAGGAGCUGGGCAUUCUGCACACAUUUCUGCCCAACUCAGCUGUCGGAUACCUACGUCUGACUUCCGCAACUACAGGUUUACCACAUGCCCCUAUAUUUCUGAUAAAAAACAGAGGCCUGUCCCCCAUGUAGGAGAUUUUGUCUUUGUUUUUCCUUUUAACAAAGCUGCACUUCAAGCUUCCAGGGAAAGGACAGAUAUAAAGGACUUCAUAAGGAAAUAA